CCAAAAAACCUGGACAACCAUUGCAGUUUCCAAUUAACCUUUUCAAAGUUUCUAUUUUUUUUUUUUUCUUUUCUUUCUUUCGUAAUCUCUUUCUUCUUCGGCGCAUUUCGUAUUCAACUUCUUUCUCAAAUGAGUUCUAGAGACAGAGGAUCACCUUCUUCGUCUUCUUCUUCUUUGUUACCAGGAAUAGAUCGGUAUAAUGAAAAGGUGAAGAAUCAGAUACAAGCACUUGUUCGUGUUAUUAAAUAUGCUCGUACCUGUAGAGAAGACAAUGUCCCAUCUCUUAUUGAGGAGGGUCUUUAUCUUGGAUCCGUUGCAGCAGCUUGUAACAAGGAUGUUUUGAAAGCUUACAAUGUUACACAUAUCUUGACUAUUGCUAGUUCUUUGAGACCAGUUCUUUAAGGUUGUUACGAUCUCUGUGGUGAAUCUUAGUUGGAGAUUCUUUACAUUGACUUGCACCAUUUGACAUUUGAGGGAUGGGCAAGCCAAGUGGUUGUGGAGGGACAAGACGGUUCAUGUAUAUAAUAUCUCUUCUUACCUGCAUCUUUCCUUCUCUCUAUAAAACAAAACAGGGAAGCAAGAACGGAUUGCUCAAUGUCAAGCAUGAAGACUUAUCGUACCUUUGGGGGGAAACUUGUAAAAAUCUCACACGGAAGCACCAUCAUAUGUUUUGUUGUGUUUCAAUGUAUAUCAUGAAUGUAAAAAGUGAACUCAAAAUAAAUAUGAGAAGAAAAAAAAAAAUC